GGGGGAGCUCUCGCGAGAGAAGCCAGGGGAAGAUGGCCGUGCUCUGUUUUUCCGUGUGAGGCAGCGGCGGCGGCUGCGGUGGUGGGGACCGGGAUCCUGGUAUCGUGGGCACCUGAACUCUAGCUCCCCCCAGCGAGCGCGCGUCCCUUGGUGCCUAGGCGAGAGCCGGCUCUUCUUCCUCCGGGAGAUGCGUUUGUCCCGGGCUCGGGGGCGCUCUGGGAGUUCAUGCUGCGCUGGAGGCUCCUGGCCACCGCUCUAAUCGCCUUGUGCCGCCGCAGCGCCAGCUUCGUCGCCCGCGGUGAGCCUCCUGGAUCCCCUCUCUGCCCCUGGUGGCAAUGACCGGGGAGAAGAUCCGCUCACUGCGGAGGGACCACAAGCCCAGCAAAGAAGAGGGGGACCUGCUGGAGCCCGGGGAUGAGGAAGCGACGGCUGCCCUCGGCGGCACCUUUACCGGAGGCAGGAUUGGCACGGGCGGCAGCAGCAAGGGCGGCAGAGCCUGUCAUAAGAUCUUCAGUAACCAUCACCACCGGCUACAGCUGAAGGCAGCUCCGGCCUCCUCCAAUUCCCCCGGCGCCCCAGCCCUGCCGCUGCACAACUCCUCCGUGACUACCGCCUCCCAGUCCCCGGCUCUUCUAGCAGGCACCAACCCCGUUGCUGUCGUCGCAGAUGGAGGCAGUUGCCCCGCACACUACCCGGUGCACGAGUGCGUCUUCAAGGGGGAUGUGAGGAGACUGUCUUCUCUCAUCCGCACGCACAAUAUCGGGCAGAAAGAUAAUCACGGAAAUACUCCUUUACAUCUUGCUGUGAUGUUAGGAAAUAAAGAAUGUGCCCAUUUACUUUUGGCUCACAAUGCUCCAGUAAAGGUGAAAAAUGCUCAGGGAUGGAGCCCGCUGGCGGAAGCCAUCAGUUAUGGAGAUAGACAGAUGAUUACAGCUCUUUUAAGGAAACUUAAGCAGCAAUCCAGGGAAAGUGUUGAAGAAAAACGACCUCGAUUAUUAAAAGCCCUCAAAGAGCUAGGUGACUUUUAUCUAGAACUUCACUGGGAUUUUCAAAGCUGGGUGCCUUUACUUUCCCGAAUUCUGCCUUCUGAUGCAUGUAAAAUAUACAAACAAGGUAUCAAUAUCAGGCUUGACACUACUCUCAUAGACUUUACUGACAUGAAGUGCCAACGAGGGGAUUUAAGCUUCAUUUUCAAUGGGGAUGCGGCACCCUCUGAAUCUUUUGUAGUAUUAGACAAUGAACAAAAAGUUUAUCAGCGAAUACACCAUGAGGAAUCAGAGAUGGAAACAGAAGAAGAGGUUGACAUUUUAAUGAGCAGCGAUAUUUACUCUGCAACUUUAUCAACCAAAUCAAUUUCUUUCACACGUGCCCAAACAGGAUGGCUUUUUCGGGAAGAUAAAACAGAAAGGGUAGGAAACUUUUUGGCAGACUUUUAUCUAGUGAAUGGACUUGUUUUAGAAUCAAGAAAAAGAAGAGAACAUCUCAGUGAAGAAGAUAUUCUUCGAAAUAAGGCCAUUAUGGAGAGUUUGAGUAAAGGUGGAAACAUAAUGGAACAGAAUUUUGAGCCGGUUCGGAGACAGUCCCUUACCCCUCCUCCUCAGAACACAAUUACAUGGGAAGAAUAUAUAUCUGCUGAAAAUGGAAAAGCUCCUCAUCUGGGUAGAGAACUGUUGUGCAAGGAGAGUAAGAAAACAUUUAAAGCCACAAUAGCCAUGAGCCAGGAAUUUCCCUUGGGAAUUGAGUCAUUAUUGAAUGUUUUGGAAGUUAUAGCUCCCUUCAAGCACUUUAACAAGCUUAGAGAAUUUGUUCAGAUGAAGCUUCCUCCAGGCUUUCCUGUAAAACUAGAUAUACCCGUGUUUCCUACGAUCACAGCCACUGUGACUUUUCAGGAGUUUCGGUAUGAUGAAUUUGAUGGCUCCAUCUUUACCAUCCCUGAUGAUUACAAGGAAGACCCAAGCCGUUUUCCUGAUCUUUAACUGACACGGAAGAUGAUGCCGUCUGACCAAGGAAAGCAAGAGAAUGCAGAGACCCCAGAAGUGAAUCCAAAUAGAAGGGACAAAUGCUUUCAUCGAAGAAAAGGGAAUUACAUUGAACUGACACAUCAGUAAUAAGAUAUAAUGAAAUGGGCCUCUAAUAAGAAUUUCAGCAAGUUUCCUGAUGUGCCAUUUUCAGUCUUUUUAAAAAUAUACAUAUUAUAAGUGUAAUAGUUUGACACCUUAAUGACCCUAAGUCCUUCUUAAUGUAAAACAGCUAUGAGUGCUGUGAUUUGUUUUUAAAAAUUUUUACACUUCUUGUUGAAAUAUAUAUGCAUAUAAAUAUAUCUAUAUCUUAAACACUCCUGGACCAUUAACAUAAAUUAAAUGUCUUAAGAGAUAUGAAGCCCUUUUAAACUUGUCAUCUUAUAUUCAAGGUGACCUUUAUAAAUAUUCCUUCAAGCUUUGUUUUCAUAAAAUGUAAAGUAUGUAACAUUGUGUAUAGUUCAGUAAUUUGAAUGUUUGUUCAGUAUAAUGAACUAGAAGGAAUGCAGUUUUCUGUAGAUGAAUGAACCAAAUGGUAACCAUUAAACAAUUGCAUUUAUAUGUUGCAAUACAUUUCAGAAGGAGCGUUCACUCUGCAGGGAAUAAGGUACCUCCUUUAGCACCUUAGUGCAAUUCAUUGUGGUGCUAUUUGUUUUUACCUGAAUUCUUUCUUCAAUGGAAAAUGUUUGUUACUAAUCUUCCUUUCAUAGAACCUCUAUUUUUUUUUUUUCUAAACUUGAGUUUAAAAGUCCUUUUUGUGUUCAUGAUAAGGUAUGGUUAGCAUGCUUAAAGAUAUUCUUCCAAAUCUGAGCACUUUAAAAAAAAUUCCAAAUUUUUAAACUUGCUUCCUAAUAAGUGCACAUCAUUCUGAAUAUUUUGUUUGUUUUUAGUGGAAUAUGGCUGCAUUUGUGUCAGUUUUAAAAAACAACCUGCGUAUUUUAGACAUCCCUACAUAUUUAAUGCUUUCAAAAUAAGGUAAAAACAUUUUAUAUGCUAACAAUAUAUUUGUUACAAGUUAAAUUCCAGAAACGUACACAAAAUUGAUAAUUCCUACUGUUUAUUUUUUUAAGUCACAGGAAAAUAUUUAUUGAUUUUAUCUCCAAAGUGUUAAAAUCAUGCAUUAUUCAUUUUUGCACUUAAAAAUUUUCAUAUUUAUUCCAAGAUGGUUUGAAGGUCCAGAAUGAAAAUAAAUUAGGGAGAAUAAUGUAUAACAGUCAUAAAAUGUUAUGUUGUAUUAAAGAGCUUAGCUAAAGAAAUGUUUUUAAAAUGUAUCCUGAUUAAUGUGUCAGAAUGCAUCUGUCAAGUUUUUUAGAGUGACCAGUAAUUUAAACUUUUUCCAGAAUUUUAAAUUUGAAUGAGUUUUAGAGACAUUUAUUGAAGAGAUGAUUUAUUUAAAAAUCCAAAGCAUCAACCAUAAGAAAAAUUUUAUAAUAAACAUCUUUAAAGCUGCAUCUUCCAUGCUGAUACAUACUACACUGCGUAUGUUGACAUUUUAAUAAGUACAUUUUAUAAUGAAGAAAAAUAAUCAGUUAAAAAUUCAAAGACUACCUUAUGUGGAUCUGUUGAAUUUUGUGGAAAGAGUGGGUAAACCCAGACUAGGUUUAUUGAAUAGGAGUUUGAUCCCUGUUAUUUUGGGAAUGUUUGUUGAUCAGGUGACUUAAAGAUUCUAUUAUCCUAUCAAUGAUUACAAGAGGCUGAGACACUGAAAGGCAGUGGUCACCGUUGCUUUUAGGCUCCCUCACUUUGUGGGAAUAUGGCAUACUUCCAGGAAUAUACUUCAUAACUCAGUGGGAAAAAACAUGGUAAAUUGCAGCUUGGGAUUGACCAGUUUCCUAAAAGCUGUGAAUAUUUUGCUGGGGUACACUGGAAGUAGGAAGACUACUGAAAACUUUUUGCACUUGGAUUUUGUUUUUAACUCUUUUCCUUUCAUAAAGAAUAGUAGAAAGAGAUUAUCCAUUCCAGAAUGUCUUUGAUCACAAAGGACAAGUAAAUGUCAGUAUCUCUUAUGAUGGUGAAAACAAGGAGUUAUUUAAUGCAAAUAAACUUUUCACAAUGUUAGACUUUCCAAAAUGUGCCUUUUAAUCCAGCUAAUGAAUGAAGCCAUAUGCUGUGUUUCAAGUAAGUAGAUAAAAACACUAUGUAUUUUGAUAAUCUUACAUGAAAAUCUAGAUUUUGUAAUGUGGGUCCAUAAAUUUCUGCCUUCGUGAUUGAAGGGAUUGUUUAAACUUGGGGGACUAUAUAAGACGGUCACCUCAAAUGGCCGUUUAAGAACUGCUCAAUAUUCUUGCCACCAGUAUGGUUUCGAAAGAAUAUAGGAGUCUUGUCUCUAAGAAAAUUAUUCCCUAGAGACAGUUUGCCUCUUUCUGUAGUCAUUCAUAUACAGAGAAUUAUCAGACUUCGUAAAAGGGAGGCAUAAAGCAGAUGCUCUGAAUACUGUGAGUAUAGCUACAUAUGGUAGUCUGGAAAUUAACACAUUUCAGAGAAGCUGAGAGCCAUCAGAAGUUGAAAAGACCAUUUGGUUUCUUUCUUCUGCUUGGAACUGGUAUUGAGCCCCACUCACCCUAAUAAAAAUGUUUUCAUAGUGUUA